AUGUCUAAUGUCGAGGCGCCCCCAGCAGGGCAUGACUCCCAGGGUGAGGUACCAUCUAUUCGAUGGCUCAAAAAGCGCCGCCUGGCAGGAGAGCAGCGGGAACGUGCGAUUCGGGCGAACACAGCUAGCAGUCCUGAAAUUGCUGGGCUACAGCUCCGUUCAGAGUAUAUGGAACGACUUUUGCGACACACUUUUCCAGAGCUCGAACUAGACAUCGACAGUCUUCGUCGCAAAGCUGAAUCUCUGACAAUUGCCGAGGAUCCCGCCCACGAGCCUGCCCGAAACUCCGGCUCGGAAUCCGAGAUUGAAACUGAACUCAAUAUCGAAGACGAGAGCUGUACAAUUGAAGCGGCCACUGCUACUGAUACGGUUGCACACUAUUCUGGCGAAUUCUCCCACUGGAAUUUCUCCAUGCGAAUCAAGCAACAUGUAAAGGAUUGGAUGGAUCCUGUCGAUCCGAGCCAUGUUCCGGAAUACUGGCGCGUCGAAGAGCUGCACGCCAAUCCAAGCGAUAUUGCUGAAGCUCGUGCAUGUUUUCCCCCACGCCAAAUUGCUGAAUUCUUGAUGCAUGUCUUCUUCAAGCAUGCUGCCAUGGAUUACUUCUAUGUUCAGUAUUCUUGGUUGGCUGAAAAGGUCGAUCGAGUGUACGAGAAUCCCUCGGCACUCACCGCCAAGGAUGCUGGUAUUGUGGCUAUCAUUCUCAACGUUCUCGCGAUUGGCACUCAGUAUGUGCAUCUAGAGUCGCCUACAGACCUCAACAACAGCUCCAGCCAGGACACCGAGUGGGAACGUGAGAUCGGUACCACAUUCUACCGUCAAGCAACUAGAUUGUUACCAGAGAUUAUUCAUCUCGCAUCAUUGGAUAGCGUUCAGGCCUGUUUGCUAUUCGGUUUAUACGCGCUACCUAUCGAUCCUGCAGGCCUGGCCUAUAUCUACCUGAAUAUCGCUGUCAAGUUGGCGACACAGAACGGCAUGCACCGGCACGUGCCCAGUCAUACUUUGGCACCAAACUUGACCGAACUCCGUAACAGGGUCUGGUGGAGUCUUUGGAAGAUCGGGAUUUUCCAUGGCCGACCAAUAUCGAUCAUGUCCUCCAAUAUCGACACUGAUCUACCUUCCGACCAGGCCGGUUUCAGUGAUGACGAACAGAACUUUCAUGGUUCGUAUUUGUUGAUUACAAUAAAAUUGACGAACUACAUGGCAGACUUUGUGACUGAACUUUUACUGCUUCGCAAGUGUCAAAGGUCCGAGCUAUCAAGCAUACUCUCUCGCAUGGUGGAUCUGACGAACGAGAUGACAAAAUGGUGGACGACUUUGUCGAUCGGACCCCUCAACCGACGAUCUCUUCACUUAAGGCUUGAGUUCUGCCUUGUUCGUAUGUUCAUAGGGCGCCCAUUUCUUUUCAGUCGUGCAGGGGCGCCACCUGCCUCGAGCGUCUCUCCCGAGAACACCCAAGGGGCCAAAAACUCAACCAUGAAUUCAAUUGGACGACUUGGGUCUGAAACUAACACCCGUUCUUCGCGGACGCUGAUGCUGGCAGACGUAUGCGUGCAGGCCGCGCUUGAAGUAAUGGAAAUCUUAUCUUCCAUGCCUGAAAAUGGCAUAGGGGUUGCAAAGUCGUCUUAUCUUGAAUAUACCUCCUGCAGAAUCUCUUUGUUGGCUCUUAUUGCCUACUGUAUCCAGAACCAGACUAAUGAACAUUACCAUACUCUUCAGAAAGGUCUAGGUAUCAUUCGCGAAAUGACCUCGACAGGUAACACGGCCAGAUAUGAGGUUCUCCUCAUCGAGACACUGGAGAAAUCUAUUCAACGCCUACACUUUUUCCAGGGAGAAAUGCGAACACGGGAGACUACCAGACAGGCAUCUACAGCAGGGUAUGAUAGUUUCAGGCAGUGGACUUCAGGGUGGAACACUCGCGUCACAUCAAACCAGCAGAAUGACUCCUUAGCUCAAAUAUCACGCAAGAUGGAUCGGCGGGGAGAUUCGUCUGGUACUGAGUGGCCUACGGAUAUUGAGCAAACGGGAUGGAGUCCUGACAAUACAACUCGAGGCCCUGCUUUCAUCUCACUGGACAGCGAAGCUACCGAUGUGAUAGGACUGCAACCGUCUACCAGCGCCACAUUUUUGGGCCUAGAGGGUCUAAAUUCGUCCCCUGACUUCUAUGGACAUGUGGAACAACAGAUUAUGGAGGGCUUUCUCGCCGUGCCAGAAUACGAGUUCAACUUUUCCAACGACUUCAAUGACAACCAGCAGUCUGGGUAG